AUGGGACUCCUGGGUAAGAGGCAGGGAGCCAAUGAAGAGGGUGGAAAAGGCCUGAGUCAGCAACAGUACUACUGGGAUAUUGCUGAAGUGAAGGGAAGGGCCUCUGAGUCACCCCGACACCGUCGCCCGGUCCCCCCCACACACACUCUCGCUGCCACCCGGGACCACACCUACGGGAAGGCCCACGAGAUCCCUCCAGCGCUUGGUGGAGCCUGGCCCCACCCCUCGCAGGCCAUUGACCCGCCCCCAGAGGGGACACCGCCCAUUGGGCGGAACCCAAGCCGCCCUGUGCGAGUGCGCCUGCGCAAGCGUCUGCCGAUUCUCUGGAAUUCCAGCAGGAAGAUCGUGCCCUCCAACAAGUUUUACCGGAAGACCCAGGCCCUGACCUGGCUCAUCAAAGUGUCCAGCUGGAUGACCAAGCAGCCCAGAGUGUGGGGCGGGGGGUCGGUGACGGUCAGAUCACACGAGACGAGCUGGAGUUAUGAGCAGGAAGACCACAUUAGAUCACGAAGGUCAAGCAUGGCCUCUAGUAGUGUUUACUUUUAUCACCUAGCCUAUGUCGGCAGCAUCACCAUUGGAACGCCCCCUCAGCAGUUCAAGGUCAUCUUUGACACCGGCUCAGCUGACUUGUGGGUGCCCUCCACCUACUGCGACAGUGUCCCCUGCCAUAAACACAAGGUCUUCAACCCUCACUUGUCCACCACCUUCCGGCUCUCAGGCCGGCCCGUCGACCUCACCUUCGGCUCUGGGAGGAUGGUUGGAUUUCUUGGCUACGACACUGUUCGGAUCGGGAAACUUGUCGAUGUGGUCCAGCCGUUUGGCCUGAGUAGGUCGCAGUUUGGGUUGGAGGAUGCACCCUUCGAUGGCGUCCUGGGCUUGGGCUACCGCAGCCUCGCCAUCCGAGGGACCACCCCCGUCUUUGACAACCUGAAGAGACGAGGCCUCAUUUCUCAGCCUGUCUUUGCCUUCUACUUGAGCACCCGGAAGGAGAAUGGCAGCAUGGUGAUGUUUGGCGGGCUGGACCCCAGCUACCACAAAGGAGAGCUCCAGUGGAUACCAGUGUCCCAACCCCACUACUGGCAGAUAACCAUGAGCCGCAUCACCAUGAACGGUGUGGUUUUUGGUUGUCUCCACGGCUGCCAGGCCAUUUUGGAUACCGGGACCUCGUUGAUAGUUGGCCCAAGUAGAAUGAUCACCACCAUCCAGAUGCGCAUCGGCGCCAGGCCUGUCGGUCACGAGUACGUGGUUACAUGUAGAUAUGUGACUCGCCUGCCUACUAUCGUCUUCACCAUCAACGGCAACAACUACUCAGUGCCCCCUGAAGCUUACAUCAGAAAGAACCUUCAGGGCGUCUGCCUCAGCAGCUUUGCAGGGGGCACAGAGAACAUGAGCCGGUCGGAGACCUGGAUCCUGGGCGACGUCUUCCUGAGGCUGUAUUUCUCGGUUUACGAUCGGGGAAACAACAGGGUUGGCCUGGCUCCCGCAGUGUAA